AUGGCUGAAGGCCGUCCCGUGCGCGAGAAGCGCAGACCCAGCGCGCUCUUGGCCUACGACUCGUCCCCGCUCUCCGACGCCGACUCCGCCUACGACCAGGAUCUCUCCCCACCUCAACACGCUGACCCUGCUCCGCCGCCUCCGCCGUCUGCCAAGCGUGUUGCCCGCAAGUCUACGAGCAAGGGUAAGGCGGCGUCCGGAUCGCCCGAAACGAGUCCAGCGCCGCCUGCACCCGCUCGGAGGGCUUCAACGAGGAGACAGUCAUCCGGACCGGCGGGGGCGGCCGUGAGUCCCGAGCCUACGCCCAGCAAGCCCAAAGCUACAUCGAAAGCGAGGGCCCCGCCGAAGAAGCGCAGGAUCGCCAAGGUCAGGAGCGAGUCGGAGGAUGAGGGCGCGGCCGCUCCGACACUUGCGGCGGGCCUGGCGGGCACUGCGGCACUACCCGAUGCCCUACCUCUUCUGCCUACUGCAUCGACCAGUGCGACAGAACCCUCGCCGAGGCCGUCAGGCGCGGCGGCACCUCCUCCCGUCGCCAGUCCUCCGCCGACCUUCGACCUUCAUCCUACUCCGUCGACUUCGACCGAUCAGGCUCUGACAGGCGACCGAAAUGUAUUGACGGCUACGGUGCCGGGCGCUCCGCUUGUCGCUUCGCCUGCCGAAACGCCUGUCGACACGUCCAACCAACUUUCGUCUCUUCCGCCGGUUCUCCCCGCCGUUCAGCAGUCUUUGGCGACUACUUCUGGUUCGCCUGCAGUGCCGGAGGUGACGCCUGUGGCAUCUCAGCCGCCCAUCCCGUCCGGAUCCACCCUCACCCCGCUUCCCAGCCGCCCGCCCUCAUCUCUUUCCGCAAUCCUCGCCGAACCGCAAGCCGUCACAGCGCCUCCAGUUCCAUCUACCCAGCCCUCCGCGCUUGAAGCAACUCUCACCGUUCCGCCCACCACGGACGUCCACCCUCCUUCCCUCGCAACAAACGAGGCUAGCGCCGCACCGUCUCUCGCUGCCGCCUCUCUCGCAUCACUCCCGCCCAUUCCCUCUCCCGCAACACUUCCCUCGCUUUCCGCCGCUCCAUUUUCCACCGCUCCUUCGCCGAAACCCGCCGAGUCGGCGCCCACACCUCCUCCGCCCGCACCCGCGUCACUUCCCGCCCCAGCUGCUGUACCAGCGAAGAAGGAGGAACCUAAGGCGAAGAGCCGCGCGAGAACUGCUGCGGCGGUAGCAGCGGCAGGAGGAGGAUCGUCUGGCUCGACGCCUGUGCGGAAGAAGCCCAAGCUCUCGUCUGCGGCGGGUGAUGGUCCUGUUGCAGACGAGGGGCAGGCGGAGGAAAUGCUCGCGCAGGCUGCGAAGGGUGCAGUGGCGCCGUCGGCCGUUGGAACGCCGGGAGGCGCGACGCCUUCCACUGUGAAGGCUGGCGGAUCGGGCCUCGUGGCUAAAGGCGGAGCGCUCGGCAGGAUCCCAUCAAUAAAGAAGGUUGGCGUGGCAGAGCAGGCGAAGACCCAGAGUUCUGCGUCCACGCCGAAAACGGGUUUCAACAUCAUGCAGUUCAAGCAGAAGAAGGAGACCCCGAACACGCCAAAGGCCGCCGCGCCGUCGACGAAGCGUCCGACCGAGACGAAGAUCGUCAAAGAGUCUUCCACUCUCAUGACGCACGAGCAGCGUCGCCAGGAAUUCCUCAAGCGGCGUGACAUCGAGCGGGCGGAAAGGACCGCAGCCGAGAAGGACUCGCUCGACCUGUUGGAACAGAUCAAGGGCAUGCAGGAGUUCGAGACCGCCUACCGCUUGCAGAUCCGCCAGCUCAGCGAGUCGGAGAAGUCGAGGGUCAAGGAGGACGUGAGGCUCAUGUUGCCGAGGCUGUCGACGUUCGGGAGCGUCUUCAGCUUGUUCCCGCGCAAGGCAUGA